GCAUUUCGAGCCUUGAUAGAAUCAUCCAUGGGGUAUAGAAUUCGACUUAAUAAUGGUAACUUUAUGAACGUUAGAAAAGAAGUUACUGGAAAAGACAUCUAUUUGAGAAUUGCGUGCUAGAUUAAAUAAAGGCACAUUUUAUAUCGAAUUAAAUAAAUAAAAUUAAAUUGUCAGUAUGUCUGACUGGGAUACAGCACCGAUUACUUUACGGAAACGUGCACCUAAAGCAUCGACGUUAAAAUCAGAACAGGCAGUGAAUGCAGCGCGACGUCAAGGUUUUGCUGUUGAAACACAGGCAAAAUGGGGUGGUGGUGCAAAUAAACAACACGUUACCACAAAGAACACUGCCAAAUUAGAUCGUGAAACUGAAGAACUUAAGCAUGAUAAAAUUCCUCUUGAUUUGGGAAAGCUUAUACAGCAAGGUCGACAGGGUAAAGGAUUGUCCCAGAAAGAUCUUGCUACGAAAGUUAAUGAAAAGGCACAAGUAAUAAAUGAUUACGAGGCCGGUCGUGGAAUCCCCAACCAAAUGGUUAUUGGUAAAAUAGAGCGAGUGCUUGGCAUAAAAUUGAGGGGAAAGGAUCGUGGGAAACCGUUAAUAGCCCCCGGGACGAAGAAGUGAAUCUCGGGGGAGUUGGAAUCUUUACUUUCUAUUCUUAUAUAUUGCUCCAGCAAAAAAAACUUCUAAGAAAGACGGUAGAAAAAAAAGUCAUUGAAAUUACCUAUCUUUCUUUCCUUCGGUUAUUUUGAUAUUACAUGCUACUGUUUGUCUCUUUGCUCUGUAAAAUAAAAUAAGUGAUAUACGAGUAUAUAUAUAUAUAUUAGAAUAUCAUAAUUACAAAUUCAAUAAAGUUUAUUCAGUUACCUUUA